CUCCGUUGCCUUUUUCUUCGUUUUUAAAGUGAGCAUGCGCGUAACGAUGGCGUUGACGCUCUGAAGUUUGAACCAGACCGAAACGGCGGGUCGUGGGGCUGUCAGUGAGUUGUAUUUAUGGAGAGUCCGGGUGUAGGUUGCCCAUGUUUUUUAGGAACUAGGUUUAAGAACUCAGCAUGUCAAUUAUAACACUGCAACUUGGUCAGUGUGGCAAUCAGAUUGGUUUUGAAGUGUUUGAUGCUUUAUUUCGUGACUCACACUGUCCCCAUGGACUGUGCUGUAAAAGAGAGAAUGAGGCAUAUCAAGCAUCUUGCAAAGAAAGGUUCUUCAGUGAACAGGAACAUGGAGUUCCAAUUGCUCGAGCUGUACUUGUUGACAUGGAACCUAAAGUUAUCAACCAAACACUAUCAAAAGCUGCCCACUCUGACCGAUGGAAAUAUGAUCAACAUUCAUGCUUCUGUCAAAAGCAAGGUUCUGGAAAUAACUGGGCAUAUGGUUACUCUGUUCACGGACCCAGACAUGAAGAAUCUAUAAUGAACCUAAUCCAGAAGGAAGCAGAAAAAUGUGAUUCGUUGAGUGGAUUUUUCAUCAUAAUGAGUAUGGCUGGGGGCACAGGGUCAGGACUAGGAACCUUUAUUACACAGAGUUUACAAGAUCAGUUCUCAGACUCUUUGAAAAUGAAUCAGAUCAUAUGGCCCUAUGGAACUGGUGAGGUUAUUGUACAGAACUACAACUCCAUUUUGACUCUUUCUCACUUGUACCGAUCUUCAGACGCCCUCCUUAUUCAUGAGAACGAUGCUAUUCAUAAGAUCUGUGCAAAACUGAUGAAUAUCAAGCAGAUCUCCUUUAGUGAUAUAAAUCGAAUACUCGCACAUCAACUGGGAAGUGUGUUCCAGCCUACUUAUUCUGAAGAAGGCUCCCGUUACUACAGGAGGAAUCCAUUAGGAGACUUAAUGGAGAAUUUAGUUCCUCAUCCUGAAUUCAAGAUGCUGAGUGUUCGAAACAUUCCUCAAAUGUCUGAGAACUCCCUGGCAUAUAGCACGUUUACUUGGGCUGGCCUCCUCAAGCACUUGAGACAGAUGCUCAUUUCUAAUGCGAAAAUGGAAGAAGGUAUUGAUUGGCACGUUCGGCCUCCUUUAUCAGGACUUCCUACUCUUAGUAAAAUGGCUAUCAACAAGGAACUUCGUUUUAACACUUCCAUUGCUAACUUGGUCAUCCUUCGUGGGAGAGACGUGCACAGUGCAGAUCUGGGGGGAUUUAAAGAUCCAGCUCUCUAUACUUCCUGGUUAAAGCCUGUCGAUGCGUUCAGUGUAUGGAGAACCCAGCGAGCCUUUAGCAAAUAUGAGAAGUCUGCAGCAUUAGUGAGCAAUAGUCAGUUCUUAGCAAAACCACUCGACAUGAUUGUGGACAAAGCAUGGAAUAUGUUUGCUUCAAAGGCCUACAUUCAUCAAUACACAAAAUUUGGAAUUGAAGAAGAGGAUUUUUUGGACAGUUUCACAUUGUUAGAACAGGUCAUUGCCAGUUACUACAACCUCUAAUCCUGAACCAAGCAGAAAACUGCUUUCAACUUUUGGACUAAAGUAUUUACACUACUACUUUUCUGUAAAAAUUUCAAAGUCCUAAAAAUAACCAAGUCAGGUGCCGGUUUCUCCUGCAAACUAUACCCACAAAAAUGGAGAACCUUUUACAUGGAGAAUAGCAUGUUUUCAAUGAAAUCAUCUACUUUAUAUUUUUGUAUGUAAGAAAAAUUGGUGCUUCUAUAUACAGAACUUUGGAAACACUUUACUGACAUGAUGGAACUCUAGAACUACCUAAACAUUGGAAAAUUCUGUUUUGUCUUUGCAUGUUCCUAAAUCUCGCUUUAUCCCAAAAAAGGAUAUUUAAAUGUAUUCAUCUUUGAAGUGAAUGCUUUGAGCCACCAGAGGGAGCUGUUAUCAAAUGCUACAAUGUGAACAUCUAUUUUGAGUAUUUUACAAGUGUAAUAGUUUCCACUUUAAUCAACUGUUUCAAAAAUAAUAUCAGAGCCCUACCUGGGGGCCUGGAGGGUUAAGUAUCAGCGCAUCCAUCACAGUGGCCUACUACAGUGGCCUGAGUUCCAUCCCACAGGGUGCACUGAUUGAACUAGUGUUUAAAAAUUACUUUUAGGCGUUUAACUGUUGUAGAAGAUAGCUAUAUAUGCUUCAGCAAAAGGGGUGAAAGCUUUCACCCCAAUUUCACCAACAUGAGAAAAUUACACCAAGGAAAUACUGUAUGUACAUCAUGAAGUUGAUACAGUGUCGGUUUCACACAGGACAAAACACUUGAAAAUUGGCAACUGAAUGUGAGGGGAUUGGCAUACUUCAGUAAGCCACAUGUGUUGUUAUAUUAAAUGUAAAAUGGGAAACAAAUAGGAAAGUUUGCUUUCUGCCAAAUCUACCAGUGGUGAUUUAUUUUUAUAUGGAAAAAUGACAGUUCAAUUUCACUGGUUUCUUCCUUUUCUUUGCAUAUGGUAAUGAUUACCUUUUUACUGUUUUUCUUAUCAACUGUUGCUAUGAUUUAAAAUACUGAACCAUAUCUUAUUUCCAAGGAAUGUAAAAAGUGGUCUGUUCAGCUUUUAAAAGGCACACCCCACCGUUGUAUUUUGUUAACCCAAGUAUACUUCAAAAAUAAUUAGAUAAUAAUUUUAAAAUAAAUCUUUAUAAAAAAGUUUUAAAAACUA